AAAGAAAAUUUUCGGCAUCUGCUUUAUUUCGUAUAUUUUUCCAACGUAAAAAACUACAAAAAUGACCCAACAUACUCGUUGUGUGUACGGCGAGUGUUUUCUAGCUCGUUAAGCUUACCCAACUAUGUUCUUUCUUCAAAAAUCUUAAGGCGAUUUUCGAAGAAUUUGAAAAAUCUAGUGAAGUGCGAUCUCUACGUCUAAGACGACAUUUGUUUACUUGAGCAAAUUAGUCUUGAGUAGUACUCUCAGCUAUGGUUUAAUAGGGAGAGAAAUUAGAAAUGUCGAAAACGUUGUUUUUUGCCAAUAGACACGCCUAUCAUUGGAGUACAAGCUAAAGGUAAUUUUUGUGACUCGAAUAAAUUCUGAUAAUGUGUUCAUAGACAAAGAAAGAUGUUUCCAAAGAAUAUCAUAGCGAUCAAUAGACAAAACGUCACAAAAAUGUCAUUGUGAAGAAGCAUAUACAGUCAAGAAUAUUGUUUUUUGUAUGGUCUAAAACCUUUUUGCACCAGUCCCGUAUAUUUAGCAAUAAUGCCGUGACACGCUGGAGAUCAAUUUGGACAUUGUUUGGUGCUUUUCAUGAUUCCCCACGGUGACGGUCAUUAAGCAAAACCUUUGUAGCACUUGCCUGAGUCCAAUUAAGUUCAAUUGAGUCCAGUCAAUUUUGUUGUAUAUUUUAAGUGGUCUGCGGUAUAACAGGUCUUCAGUGAAGCCUUGGCGUGCAAAAUUAAUAUGAAUUAACGUUCUAGCAAGACUAAGGAGCAUAUAUUGGGGAUUUCGUCUGAUAUGCAAACGAUCUCGUUGUUCAGUCGAAUCCUUUGCUUGGUUAGCAAGUAUCCAACGGACAUUUUUUUUUCAGUAAACAUAUCUCGUAGAAGGCGUAGAGGACUCUCAUAGUAGCUACAACGACUUAUGACCUAAGGAAACUCAGACUCAAGAUAGCCCUAACGCUGUUUAAUUUUAAAGUAGGUUUCUGCAAAUCAUAUGGGUUACCGUUCGAAUGCGACUAGCUUGUUACCAACUUAACGUUCUUGUCUGAACAAAGCCAGACUUCCUCAGGCGUAUCCUACCUCUGUAUGGUUUAGCGGAAAACAAACGAGCCUACCCACUCUGUAACAUGCCGCUUUUCGUGAAAGACGUAGACGAUACACAAGUGUGACGAUAUCCCCGAUAAACUGAAAAUGAAUGAUAUGCACCCAAAAUUUUAUCGGGCUUGGAACAACUUGCUUUGAAAAGACUAUGGCAAAGCUACUCGACAUGUCUAACUUGGUGGAGAUCAAUUGCGAAAUCCAGAAGGAGGAAAAAUUAAGCCAAGAAAAGCCCCUUGCACCGGAACAUCCACGAAUUUCACUUCCGUCCUCUGUGUUUCCGUCACACGUUGAAGAACACAUUGGUCACUUACAUAAAGGGGUUUCAACUAAACUCCGUCCUGAUUGGGAUCCUGACGUAAUAGCGGCAUUAGAUGACGAUUUCGAAUGCGAUGAACUUGAGGACGAUUUCGUAGCCCUCGCAUCAGGGGGCGCUCACUGUAUUGAAGAUUUAGGCGCAGGUGACGAGGAAUUCACAGCACGUCGUUUCUACUAUUCGGAACGCGAAUCUGCAAACGCCUUUGAAAAUAUUGAAGCUUGCCCUGGCAGUGAUGAUAAUAGAAUGCUUGAUGCUUCUUGUUCUUCAAAUGAUGAUGAGGGAGAAUACGACGAAAUAAAAAAAGAACAUAAGACUCUGAGCAUGGGAGGCAGAAUCAAAUUUGCUGACGAAGAAAUCCAAUCAAAAUUUACAUCGUAUUCGUUAAGCAGUGCAGCCAUGAGUCGCACAGGUGGACUAAAGACACUCGAUGAUCAGUUCGAACUAAUGUUUGGCUAUGAGUACGGUGAUAAAGAUGUCGGUGCGUUGGAUGGUGAGAAUAUCGAAGGCUCUGUUCCGAUUGAAUCCGACGUAGUAAAUAAGCUUUCGAAACAAUAUGAAAAAGCUGUCAGCUUGAAUUCUGGCGUUAUAGAGACGUCUAUCGGAGAGCCAAAUAGUGAGGUAAAAAUGCGUGUGAUGAAGUCACUCCAAGACAUUGAAAAAGUUGAGGUGCUAGAUCUAGUCGACAACGAUACCGCACCUGAUGGCCGAAAAUGGGAUUGUGAAUCUAUACUCUCAACGUAUAGUAAUUUAUACAAUCGGCCCAAGAUUAUCGACGUUACGGCUAAAAAUAGUACUAAAAUCCACCUCGGUGCAAAAGGGGUACCUACUGCAGGAGGAGGACUGACGAAACAAGCACUUAAAAAGUUAGACGGUGAUUUUGUAAAAGCAGAUGAUUACGCAAAAUUCAUAUGCAGUCGAGCCAGGGCAGUCGGUGUUUUACGUGCGAAAAACGAAAGUCCGAAGGAACGUAAAGCACGCAAGCAACAAGUUAAAGAGUUUCGGCGUGAACGGAGGAUUGAAAAGAAAAUAAAUACUUUAUCAUUUAAAACAGAAGAGUACCGGCAAAAGGAGCAAGAAUGUAAUGCUCGUAAGAACCUGAGAGGUUUAAAGCUUCAAUAAGGGUGAAGGAUGAAGGCAAGCAAUGUAUUUUUUAAUUAUUGGGUGGAUAAGCGACAUGGUUGGCAACAAAUGAAAUAAAUGGGCCUUGUGUUAUGCUAUCAUUA